AUGGAAAAGACGACAGAAGAACCACAAGAAAAGGGGCAAAUGUUUGGAAAGGAAAGCACGACAACGUCACUAACGUCGGGAAAUAAAAUUGUCGAGUCAAAACACAUUGGCGCAAAUCUAUUAAAUCUGGCCAAGAUAGACUGUAGUAAAAGAAAUAAGAAAUCGAUAAAAAAGGGUGGCGGGCUAGCCAUUUUUGUUAGGAAAACAAUCUCGGCAAAAAUUUGUAAUAUUAAUCUGAAAGUUGAUUCAAAAAUUGAAUCGUUAGUUAUUUUGCUAAAACCCCAAUUUCUACCCUAUUCAUUAAGUUGUAUUAUUGUGGUAGCUAUAUACUUACCUCCUCAAUUUGUGAAUACUUUAAGCAGAGAAUUGGAUAAUUAUUUGAUUGAAUUGGUUACGAAAUUAAGAGACUUAAACUUAUUUUAUGAGGAGCCUGAACUGCUUCCGCCAGUCAAAUCAACUUUAAAAAAUCGGGUUCAUGGAUGCUUAUCUUUGAGUCCGCUAUCAUGUUUUGAGUGUGGGAAACCUCGUAAAACAAUAAUAUGUAGACCUAGUGUUAAUCAGAUUUCUGAGCAGUUUAUAGCGCAACUUGACAAUAUUCAGGUAGAUGUAAACGAAUUUAAUAACUUUAGUCUAGAUCAGAAAGUUGUGCAGCUAAAUAAUUUAUUAAGUCAUACGUAUGAUUGUGUUUCACCUCUAUAUGAGAAAACUAUUUGUGAAGUAGAUCCGAUUUGGAUGACAUCAAGAAUUAGGAAGUUAUUUAAACAACAGCGAAAGGCAAAGAAACAAAAAUGUAUAGGUAAAUUGAAAGACAUAAGAAGUAAGAUUAAAGAUCAGAUUAAAAUUUCACAAACCAGAAUUAGGCAAAAAUUUAGUGAGGAAGUACCUGGUAUGAACUCAUCCGACUGGUACCAAUUAGUCCGUAAAGUUAGUGGUUUGGAAAUUGUUUCAGCGUUUACCAAAAUUAAAUCAAUUAAUAGUACAUUUUCGAACAGUAAUGAGAAAGAAUUAGCCAAUUUAGUAAACUCCCACUUUUCAAAAAUAUGUACAACGUAUGAAGGGUGUGAUUUUAUAAAAUUGUGUCCGCUCCCCCGCGAUUCACGACGAAUCAAAGUUACUGAUCUCCAAGUUAGUCAAGCAAUUCGUAAAUUAAGUAGUAAAUAGAGUAAAAGUCCCAAUUUGAUUCCCAGCGCAUUAGUUAAAAGUGCAAAUUACUUCAUUAGCCCAUUAUUAGCUAACAUAAUAAAUCAAUCAUUCCAAAAUUUCAAAUUUCCUGAAACU